GCGGUUGGUUAUCGAGAACCGGUAUAUUACGGGUGAAAUAUCAUAUCUCUAAAAAUCUAUUUUUGUGGGCCACAUUUUCAUUAACAAUUCGAGUACAAAGUAGUCUCAUUAAGCGUAUGAUUGAGCACUUGGCUUGAGACUUCGUUCUUUCAGUCGUACGCGAAUUCUUGGCGGUACCCGAGUCAACAAUGCUACUCCUGCCCAAGCCGGUUAUUUUUAGCGUUUUUCUAUGUUUGUUUGGCGUUCGCGAGAGUUAUUCGUUGGAGAGAGAAAAAACAACACUGGCGUCAUCGUGCGAUUUAAGAAACGUAGAGAACAGGCUACAGAUGCUAGAAAGGAGCCUGCAAGAGCAGAUAAACGUUAUAAGAAACGAAAUAAGGGAUAGCUCUAGGUCGAUCGAAUACCAAAACAGAGCCAUCAGGAACGUGGUUGAGGAUUACAAGAAGGAAAUCAGACGAGUUGUAGAAAGACCUCGUAGGUAUGAUAUUAACCAGCGCAAUCCAAAUGAGAAUAAAAUCGACGAAAGAAUUGACGAAAUCGACAGAGGUGUCAAGUUGACUAUUGCCACAUUGCGACUGCUUAGCUCUGACGUUGCCAGUCUAAAAUUCAAUGUAUCGCGAUUAGAAAAUAAUACAAAUUCUCUGUUGGACAAAAUUGACGUCCACUCGGCCAUAGACACCGUUUUUAGUGCGCAAUCUCCGAAAUCCACAGAGCCGUCUAGCGGAAUUCCGACGAACUGCGCAUGGCUGAAACUGAGAAACGUCACCGUCCCUUCCGGUGUAUACCUGAUUCAACCGGAAACCGCGGAACGACCGUUUCCGGUCUAUUGCGAAAUGCAGACGCAAGAUGGCGGCUGGUCGGUCAUCCACAACAGAUACCAGGGCAGUCAGGACUUCGCUUUGGGAUGGCAAGACUACAAGAAUGGAUUCGGCAAUAUUGCCGGCGAGUCGUGGCUCGGUUUGGAGAAAAUUCAUCAGCUAACAGGUAGCAACCUGAAUGAACUUCUCAUAGAGUUGAUCGAUCCAAAUAAUAUCAACAGAUUCGCCUAUUAUUCGUCGUUUAGCGUUGGAUCAGAAGAGGAAGGCUACGCCCUCAAAGUUCUGAGCGGGUAUCAGGGAAAUGCCGGAAAUUCCUUGAUGUACCACGCUGGAAGCAAGUUUAGUACCAUGGACAGAGACCAAGAUACCUGGCAUGAGGGAAACUGCGCACAAUCUCACAAUGGCGGCUGGUGGUACAAAAGUUGCGAUAAGAGCAAUCUAAACGCGAAGUACAUGCCUGGGAAUCUGCCAGAUUUAAUGCUGUACCAAGGAAUGUACUGGGGUGAGUUUGGUGGACCACAAGUAGGACUCUUGCAAGCGCGGAUGAUGAUCAGACCUUCAUCUUACCAAGUACCUUCGCCAGAGGUCGCUUAAAAUUGCAUUUUUUGUGUUAUAUUGCCAUAAUGUACUGCCAAAUAAAUAUAUAAAUAUUUUUUUA